CCUUGCAAAACCUGCGGGCAAUUCCACUUAAAUACCCACCCCCUUCCUCCUCUCCUCACCAACUGAACGUCCCCUUCUUCUCUCCCAACGAGUCCCCAGAGCAAACCCACCUCUAUUCUUUCUUCCUUCCGUCAUUUCUUCUCUUCUUCUACCGCCAAGCAUCAGCGACAGACAAGUCAAGCAUCAGAAGCAGCGGCCAUGAGGAUGAGUUGUAAUGGAUGCAGGGUUCUCCGCAAGGGUUGUAGCGAGAACUGCAGCAUAAGACCCUGUCUUCAAUGGAUCAAGAGCCCCGAGUCCCAGGCCAACGCCACCGUCUUCCUAGCCAAGUUCUACGGCCGCGCCGGGCUCAUGAACCUCAUUAAUGCCGGCCCCGACCACCUCCGUCCUGCCAUCUUCAGGUCUCUCCUGUACGAAGCCUGCGGCAGAAUCGUCAACCCGAUUUACGGUUCCGUGGGCCUUCUCUGGUCCGGCAGCUGGCAGCUCUGCCAGGCGGCGGUGGAGGCCGUCCUCAAGGGAGCCCCCAUCGUUCAGAUCUCCUCCGAGGCCGCGGCCACCGCCAACCCCGCCCCGCUCCACAAGGCCUACGACAUCCGGCACGUCGCCCGGGAAGACAACUCCGGCGCCUGCGCCGAGCUCCACAAGAUCAGGAACCGGAACCGGUUCAAGCGCUCCGGGAAGCCCAAGGCCAAGGCCGACUCGCCGGAUUCCGUCCCCGAGACGCUGAACGACGGGCCCGAGGUCUGCAACCUCCGGUGGCGCAGGUGCUACCCGGACGACUACAAGUCAAGCGAGUCGUCCAGCCACUCCGAGCAGAACGCCGAGGCCGACACAGACAGCAUGCUGUCCAACGAGACGGUCGAGGCCUCCCUGUUGGACCACGCCGAAGCAGCCCCAGCGGCGAAGCACGACUCGGACGAUGACUCGGAUAACGACUUGAGGCUGGAACUCACGCUCGGCUUCGAACCGGUCUCUCGAGCCGGAUCGGUCGAGAGCGGCCACCGCGACGAGCCGCAGCCGCGGAGAAAGUCGUCGUUCAGCUUCGACAUAUCGGUCUGAAACCGGUCCGGUUCGACGCUCCCGAGCCUUUUUACCCGCGGCUUGUUACAUGCCACCGAGAGACGUUUUUCAAGGGGGGAAACAGAAGUCCACUGUGAAUUACGUAGGAGAAAACCUAGAGACCUAGUCUAUAUUGUUUAUAUUAUUUUAGUGUCUUCUUUUUGAAUUUUUAUUUCUCUUUAAAAAAUAUGGGAUCAAUUGUAAGAGAAAUAAGAAUUAUGAAGAAAAUUGAGAUAAUUUGUUCUUUCCACAAAAUUUUGUGGGGGACCAUAUCAAA